AUGGCUUCUUCUUCUCAUUAUCAUUACCAUAAAGAUGAUGAUGAUGAUUUCGAUAACAUAUUUGAUGAUGUUUUGGAUGACCCUAAUCUAUUUCCAGAACCAAAAGAGCGAAAAAAACGUAUUUUUAUCGAGAGAAACCGGGAAGAAGGCCACAAGAACCUGUGGAAUGAUUAUUUUAGCGACACUCCGACAUAUCCGCACAAUCUGUUCCGGCGACGGUUUCGAAUGAACAAGCCACUAUUCUUGUAUAUUGUGAAUCGUCUCUCUACUGAAGUAGACUAUUUUCAACAAAGAGAAGAUGCAGCCGGACGGUCUAGCCUUUCAUCGCUCCAGAAAUGUACGGCAGCAAUUCGUCAAUUGGCGUAUGGUGCUUCGGCUGAUGCAAUUGACGAAUAUGUACGACUGGGUGAAACCACGUCUCGUAAAUGUUUGCACCAGUUUACCGCCGGAAUUAUCCAGUUGUUUGGCGAUGAGUACCUUAGACACCCCACACCGUACGAUCUUCAAAGACUACUCCACCUUGGUGAACAACGGGGAUUUCCCGGGAUGGUUGGAAGCAUCGACUGUAUGCACUGGGAGUGGAAGAAUUGUCCCAACGCUUGGAAAGGAAUGUAUUCACGGGGAACCGGAAAACCAACAAUUGUGUUGGAGGCGGUUGCUUCACAAGACCUUUGGAUAUGGCAUGCUUUUUUUGGAGCUCCAGGUACUAUGAACGAUCUUAAUAUUCUUGAUCGAUCACCUGUUUUCGAUGAUAUUAUAAACGGAAUAGCUCCUGAAGUAAACUUCUAUGUCAACGGGCGGGAGUACCAUUUGGCUUACUAUCUGACAGAUGGUAUUUAUCCAAAUUGGGCUACUUUCGUUCAAUCUAUCCGACUCCCACAAACUGAAAAACAAUCAUUGUUUGCUAAAACCCAAGAAUCAGUUCGAAAAGAUGUUGAGCGUGCCUUCGGGGUCCUCCAAGCAAGAUUUGCCGUUUCCAAGAUGAACGAGAUUCAGACACUGUUGAGGAAUUUCAAGAUGAGGAUUUUACAUUUACCGUUAAAAAGUCUACAAAACCCCCCAACAGUUUGGGUCGUCGGAAAGAAGUUCGGGAUCAACAAACCCAUCUACAAUUAA